UUCUUGAUAGUUACACCACUAGACUGAGAGCGUUACCUUGGUUCCCCUUUGAGGCAACAGGAUGUCACUUUAUCAAGACGUUUCUAGAAUAGCGUGGUAUAAAACGGAUUAAUGAGCUGGGCUGAUACUUUUGACCCAUCAAAGAUUUCUGCUUAGUUUUUCCAACAUAAUUAUAUCACCCUGUGUGGAAAAAUGCUCUUAUCCUCCCUGGAUCGGCCACAACAAAUGAUAAGUUCUACCUUUUGAUUAGUCACUAAAAAGAUAAAGAAUGGCCUAUUCCAUUUCAACACAGAACUUUGUUGCACUUUCAGAUCUGCAUCCAAAUCUGGCUCGCCCUAGUAUAAUCGGUGUAGUUAUUGGGAAAACAGAUGUCAAAGGUUUUCCAGACCGAAAAAACAUUGGAUCUGAGAGAUACACCUUCAGUUUUACCAUUCGAGAUUCACCAGCUUACUUUAUAAAUGUAAAUUCUUGGGGCAGAGAGGAGUAUGUUAGAUCGCUUUCAGAAAGUUUUAGAGUAGGUGACUGUGUGACAAUUGAAAAUCCUUUAGUGCAAACAAAGGAACUAGAAAAGGAAGAAAAAUUCAAUCCCACAACUCCUAGCUGCUACAAAUUAUUGCUCAGUGAGACUCAUUCAGUGGUCAAAAUUUGUUGCCACUAUGAAGUGGACACCAAGCUGCUUUCCCUGUUGCAUCUACCUGUAAAGGAUCCUCAGGAUUACUAUUCUCUGGGUGACAUUGUUGCAAAUGGGCAAAGCCUUGAUGGAAGAAUCAUUAAUGUGCUUGCAGCAGUGAAGUCGGUUGGGGAGCCAAAGUACUUUACCACUUCAGACAAAAGGAAAGGUCAGAGGUGUGAAGUAAAGCUGUAUGAUGAAACAGAAUUGUCCUUUGCAAUGAUUUGUUGGGAUAAUGAAUCUAUCCAGCUUGCGCAGAGUUGGAUGCCACGAGAAACAGUAAUAUUUGCAUCAGAGCUGAGAAUAAAUUUUGACAAAUUUAGGAACUGCAUGACUGCAACUGUUAUAUCAAAAACCAUUUUUACAACUAAUCCAGACACACCAGAAGCAAAUAUUCUUUUCAACUUCAUAAAAGAGAGUGCAGCAACAGGAGCUUUGGAUGAUAUAACUGAGGAUCAGUUAAAAGAAUCCAUAAAUUUGCAGAAUAUAGUUGACAUUUAUACUGUGGAGCAGUUAAAGGUAAAAGCUUUGCAGAAUGAGGGAAAACCUGAACCAGUCUAUGGCAUUAUUUACGCUUAUAUUUCUACAUUGAACAUUGAUACUGAUACAUCUAAAAUUAUACGAAACAGGUGUUCAGGGUGCCACUAUGUGGUCAACGAAAUGUCAAACACAUGCACUUUCUGCAAUGACAACUCUUCAGAUGCUAAGUCUGUCUUUACCAGUUUUGAUUUACUAGUUGAUCUUACAGAUCACACAGGCACUCUACGUUCAUGUAACCUCUCAGAUGUUGUAGCUGAGGAAACAUUAAGCUGCACGGUCCAUGAAUUCCUCACUCUGAUGGAAGAGCAGAAGACAGCAUUAAAAUGGCACCUUCUCCUGGAACGAAGCAAAAUUUAUUUUAAAUUGGUUUUGUCACCCAGUUUGAGAACCGGAUUGAGAGUGAACUUGCUUUCAUGCAGACUAGCAGAUCCUGUAGAGGCCAGUCAGAGCUUGUCAGGAAAAGGAAGAAAAUAACAUUGUUUGGCUUUUUAACAGCUGGAAGGAUUUAAAAAGGUUGUACUGCAUUGAAAUGACAUUAUUAUAAAAAAAGAUGUUUGAUGCAAUACUUGUAUUUUGUUAAAUGUAUUUAGAUUGGUAAAAGAGUAACAGGUUUAUUACUGAACUUUACAAAUAGGCCUAUAUCUUCUUGAUCUUUCUGUUUUAUAUUAUUCAUCUUAGAAAAGCUUAUUUAGGGGUCAUUUUAGGAAAAAAUCUGUUUGGCAUCUUGAUGCACUUUCUGUUGAAUUAAGCCCCUUAAGUAGAAAGGGAAACAAUUUUCAUUCAGUUUACAAUAAAUUUUGAAAAAUGCUCAAAGGGAUAAUAAACAGUUAUUUAAUCUAAACUGCAAACAUGUUUUUA